GCCUGUCGAGCAUUCGAGCAGAACUGAAGUUCUUCCCCAAAAACCCUGUUAGAAACGAGCAAACCUCGAAUUGCCAACGGUCGCUGACAAUCAGCGACGGAGGGAUUUCUGACGCGCUAUGGCUCCUUUAAUAAAACCUACGGGCUCCGCUGGCUUCACAUCAGUAAAUCCUCCUCGAGGAUGUACGUCAAAUGAUUCGGAGGUCAUCGAGAUAGAGGAUAGUGAUGACGAACCAAUGGGCGAUGAGGAUGACAUGAAUGCCAAUGAACAAGAUGAAGAAGUAGACGAGGACGAAGAGGUGGAAGACAACGAUUUUGCCCGGGAGACGAACGGCAUAAAUGGCGGGAGAGAAUCGCCAUUAGACUUUGAACCCAUUCCAAAUGGCCACACUUACGACAUGACAACCCCGGAACUUUUUACGUCCGCUGGCGCACAGCAGGCAUUACAUCCUCUUCGUCGAACAGCAGAUCGGGUGACGCGCCAAAUCGAGGCGUUCGCAGAAAAGCUUGACCGUUUCAAACAUAAAGAGAAUCGCAAUGACGAAAUCGAAAAUUACCAAGCUGCCUACCAGCUGGUGAAGAGCUACCAACAUCUCGCGCAAGAUUCCAUCGAGGAUGUCUCCAAGCAAAACACCUUAAAGCGCGCGAAAAUGGGGUGGAGCACCACCCGGAGCAACGGAACAGAAGCGCAUGAUCCUAAGACACAGGAGGAGCUACAACGGUUACAACUAGAAGCGAAUACCUGGCAGCUGUUCCUCAACCUAAUUAGCAUCAACGACCCCCCAAGCAGGACUAGCGCCAAGCAAGCCCAGGAGACUGCCUUCCAGAAACUGCACCGUUACUCGUCAGAUCGCGAGAUCUGGGAACAAUUCGUGGGUGCUGACCACUAUGCCCUGGAGUGCGUGAUCAUCAUGAAAUGGCUGGAACACACCUCAAAGUCGGCAAGUCAAGAUAUCGACUCAGUUAUCUCGGAGCUAGAGGCACAGGCCGAGAGGGGCCAAGGGCUGUGGACUCAUGGCUGGCUCUAUACCAAGGAAACCAUCAAAGGUCAAAAGCGACUGCGGGCUUGGCCUCAACCCCUCGAACCCAACGACCCGGCUGUCACGGCCUCGCUUCUAGUCUCGGAGAAGUCAGAACCAUUGAUUACCCAAUUGGACCCCGAUGCAGUUACUCGGCAGAAACAGAAGCUCCAGAAACAGGAUCAGUUUCAUGAGCGCGCGACUUGGAUGACUUGCUGGAAGAUGCUGCGGCAAGGGGAAAGUUGGACAAAAAUUCGGGACUGGGCCGAGGCUUGUAUGGAGAACUGGCGAGCAGUUAGCCUGUGUGGUUCGAGCGUUGAUGCGAAGACUUCUCGCGGGGAACGGACACCUAUUGACGACGGAACUACGCGCCUGAUGAAUUGGCGGACCCAGGCCUCUUGGCGAAACGCUUGUUCUGCUCUAGCGCGAAGUCAAGGCAUAGAAGAUUUCGAGCGCGCCGUCUAUGCGUUGCUCUGCGGCGAGACAGAGGCGGCCUUCAAGGUCUGUCAAAGCUGGGAUGACUACCUUUACGUCUAUUUCAACAGCGUUGUGCUCUCCCGCUACCAAGGAUUCUGCAAGCAGCUUCAGCGGAAGCUCAACCACUCGCCUACUGUUCCUGUUGCAUUUGUUCCUGAGCCCGCUGGUUAUGCUGAUGUAAACAAAUUCAUGGCAUAUACGAAGGGUAAUGAUCGCGUUGGAGUUGAAGCACGCAACCCAUACAGGACUAUCCAGGCCGCCAUCUUGGGCAAAGGAUACGACUCGUUCUUUCAUUCCCUAGCGAAAGCAGUGUCACAAGCAGCGACAAGCAAGGGGGAUCUGUCCUUCGUACCCGACCUUCCACCGGCCCCUGUUGAUGACUCGUUACUGAUCGCGGCGGAGGACAACGAUGCUUUGAGGAUCGCGACUCAUCUCUACAUCAUUGCGAAAUCACUUGGCUAUGUGCGCUCAGAUACACAGUUCCUGAAUAUAACGUCUGUCAAUGUGAUUGGAUAUAUCGCGAACUUGGAGGAAGCCGGUAUCUUUGAGAUUAUUCCUCUCUAUGCAUCCCUUCUACCAACAUACCAGGCACAUUCGGUGCUUGGCCAGAUCUUGAUUGAAGUCGUCCACCCGCGGGAUAGACGGCAGCAAGUAAGGCUCAUGGAGGACCAUGGUAUUGAUGUCGAAGCUGUCUUACGAGACCAAUGGCAGUGGGUUAGCGCGAGUGUUUCCUCAGUUGAUCACUCCAGGACGCUUAAGCGGUACCCCAAGGUUGUCCGCCGCAAAGAUGGCCUGCCCGAGGUGGUCCCGGUUAAGAAGGAUUACAUUGGAACCGAUGUAUCUAGUGAGGAAGAACGCGUUAUCCGGAGUAUGGAAUGGCUUCGGUUUGUUGACGGGCAGUGGGGGAGAAUAUGUCAGCUGGGUGCCUUAGUAUACAGGAAAUUCUAUGUUACUGGCAGACUUGCUGCCGCUCGAGAGCUGAGUAGACGCAUGAGGCUGUCAGACAUCUCCCGGGAGUCAUUUGGUUUUGACCUGGCAGAGUUUCCUUAUGGUGUCGAGGAUGGGACAGAACCGCCGACCCCAGAGCCCGCCAGUCCGACUAAGUCGAGGCUGUUUGGAUCUCCCCAUAAGCGCAAUCGAUCCGUAUCGAAUAGAGCUCCAUCUGACGAGCAAACAAGCCUCUUAAUACAACAAUCGCAGACGAUGCGUGACUUGGAAGAGCUCAUCUUGGCAUUUGAUGCAUUGGAAGUGUUUGCUGUUAUUUGCGAGAAACUCGACGAAUAUAAACGCAGACGCGAUACUGGCACAGUCAAGCAUCUGAAGGAUGAUUUACAAGAGGCUUUAGAUGAGGUCUCCGUGCACGUUGACGCAUUGUUGGAUGAGUGGCUAAUGGGGGCUGAGGACGGAACCGAACAAGCCGAGCUGGAAGAAAUCCGAAAGACUUAUAUUCCGGAACUAUUCCUUGACUAUCAUAAUGCGCUGUAUUAUGCUGGCCAUGUGCUCACCAGCGAGCUCCUCGUGCAGUGCAUGAACCUGGCCAUGCAGGUGUCGGAGAACGAGUAUCUGACUAGCGCCUUUGUGGCGUCCCGUCGGAUGGCGGAGCUUGUGGACGCGUUGGCACUGUCGAGCAAAGCCAUGGUCAACACGCGGGCCAAAGCUGACAAGAAGCUUCUCGGAGGCGAGACUUUGGGCAUUUGGAAUGUUGAAGUGCCUGAGGACAACGAGACUUCGUGAAAUGCAAAUGUACUUAUCUUAUGAAUGAGCUGGUGUAUAUUACCCUCUUUUCUUAUUUAUGUUCCCUCAUCUUUUGGUAGGAGGGCUCUGGUCAAAUCAUCGCUUCUGGAACUAGAUCUGCCAGAGGCCGUGUUUCAUUAUCUGGGCGCUAGUUUUUCCUGGGGGAAGGGGGAUUGGCUCAACUACAAUAUUCACAUCACAUCAAGAAUUGACAUGGCAUAAUCAAGGACAUUUCUCUCACUCACGUUUCUUAAUACAGACCGCAUUACCGAUUAUAUCACAC